AUCACUAUGGCGACAUCACUCAUGACGUCACUUCCUCUGAUGUUCGUGAUCAUGACUGCGGGGGAUGAUGGUCAGCAGGAUUGGGGAGUGAAUUACAGUCCUUCAUAUAUUUGUGCAUUAAAGGGAUCAACAGUGAAAAUAUCCUGUGUUUUAAACUAUCCACAUGAUCUUGAGGUCAGAACAGUCUUCUGGACCAAACCUACUGUAACUGAUGGAGAUCCACCGAACCUGUGUUUAGACUCAGAAAACAGAGGAAGAGUUCAGUGUGACAGAGAAAAUAAUAACACUUACAGUAUCACUCUGACAGAUGUAACAGAAGCUGAUAAACACAUCUACUACUGCAGAUUUACUACAAACAGAGGGACAUGGACGGGGAUUCCUGGAGCUCAUCUGGACGUCACCGACCUGCAGGUGGAGACACAGCAGAGUGUGAAAGUGAGAGAUUCAGUCACUCUGACAUGUAACAGCAGCUGCACUCUGCCUCAACAAACAUUCAUCUGGUACAAGAACACACAAAAACAUACAGGAAUUGUGAAAGAGAAUCAGCUUCAGCUGGAGUCAGUCAGUCGUGAUGAUACAGGAAACUAUCAGUGUGCUGUUUCAGGAUAUGAACGUCUGAUCUCUCCACCUGUUUAUCUUAAAGUAGAAUGGGGUGAUGGUCAGCAGGAUUGGGGAGUGAAUUACAGCACUUCAUAUGUUUGUGCAUUAAAGGGAUCAACAGUGAAAAUAUCCUGUACUUUAAAAUAUCCUAGUGUUUAUAAGAUUAAAACAGUCUUCUGGACCAAACCUUCUGUAACUGAUGGAGAACUACCAAAGCUGUGUUUAGUUCCACAAAAGAGCGGAAGAGUUCAGUGUGACAGAGAAAAUAAUAACACUUACAGUAUCACUCUGACAAAUGUAACAGAAGCUGAUAAACACAUCUACUACUGCAGAUUCAUUACAAACAUUGAGAAGGGAAAAUGGACGGGGAUUCCUGGAGCUCAUCUGGACGUCACCGAUCUGCAGGUGGAGACACAGCAGAGUGUGAAAGAGAGAGAAUCAGUCACUCUGACAUGUAACAGCAGCUGCUCUCUGCCUCAACAAACAUUCAUCUGGUUCAGAAACACACAGAGAUUAACUAAAAGAACCUUGAAAGUGAAUCAGCUUCAGCUGCAGUCAGUCAGUCGUCAUGAUGCAGGAAACUAUCAGUGUGCUGUUUCAGGAUAUGAACAUCUGAUCUCUCCACCUGUUUAUCUUAAUAUUGAAUAUCCUCCAAAGAACGUCUCAGUGUCCAUCAGUCCAUCUGGUGUAAUAGUGGAGGGAGAUUCAGUGACUCUGAGCUGCAGCAGUGAUUCAAACCCUCCUGCUCUGAUCUUCAGAUGGUUUAAGGAGAAUCAAAGCUCAGCUGUUGGAUCUGGACAGAGUUUCAGUAUUUCCAGCUUUAACUCCAGUCACAGUGGACGCUUCUAUUGUGAGGCUCAGAAUAAACAUGGAUCUCAGAGAUCAGCAUCUGUUUCAGUCACUGUUAAAGGGACUCAGAGAUCUGCUCUACAAACAGUUACGUGGACUGUGGCAGGAUUGAUCUUCAUCAUCAUCAUCAUCAUCAUCAUCACCAUCAUCAUCAUUGUCAUCAUCAUUGUGUUUAUUAAAUGGAAGAAGAGAGACGGUGGAGCUGAAGUAGUCAGACAAAAUCAGGCAAGUUUCAGGAUCAGCAGGAUCAUGAUAUAGAAAGAAUAUUUUAGCAUAUAUACUGUAAAAGUUAAGACUAACAAGAUCUUUGACAUGAUGUUUCAGAUUGAUCUGCUGAUAUCUGUGUGAUUGUUAUUUUUUUAAAAUGGCAGGAGGAUCGUGUUGGCAUAUCUGCAGAAACGGCUCCGACCAAUGAUGUUCCAGUGUAUUCAGUAGUAUCAGCCAAUCAGAGGGAUGAUCUGUAUGCCAACAUUAAAGAGAAGGAACCCAAACCCAAAGACUCUGGAGAUGUUGAAGAUGUUCAGUAUGCCAGUGUCAAUCACAUGAGCAAGACUGAAGAGACCAUUGAGAUGCAACAGCCGUCUGAUGCCAACAGAGCUGAGGAUGUGAUCUACAGCUCAGUGAAAUGAAGAACAUGUAGUCUUCAUGCUCAUGGGAGACCUGGUUUUGAGUCCAUCCCAGGUCAUGUUCCAUUUCCUUCUCCUCUUGAUUCCACCCAUUUACUCAUCUAUGGGACUGUUCUGCUGUUUAGACACUGCUCCAGGUGUGUGUUCACGGUGUGUGUGUGUUCACUGCUGUGUGUGUGCACUUUGGAUGGGUUAAAAGCAGAGCACGAAUUCCGAGUAUGGGUCACCAUACUUGGCUGUAUGUCACAUCACAUCACAUAAUCACAUAAUGGCUUUCAGUUUAAACUCCACUCAUUGUUAUGAUCUUGGUUGAUUGUGAACUCACUGCCUUCACUCUAUACUCACACAUGAACACCACUUUAGGCCUUUUAGCUCUCGCUUUGUACAGUCAAUGUAAAACAGAUAUUUUCUCUGUUCAUACUGUGUGAUUUUAUUGUGAAAUUUAUCACAUUUUAACAGGGGUGCACAAUAAAUUUCGGCCAAUAAUUAAUGCGCAUGACGUCAGUAUUUAUUGUGCACCCCUACAUUUUAACAUUGUCAGAAAGUCUUUAUUUUUUUUUAUGGCAUCAUUGACAAAUUAGCACAUUUUACACCAAAUUUUCAUUACUGUAAUGUGCCAGGUAUUGUAUUUUUCAUGAUUUUCAUUACUGUAAUAAAUACUGUAAUCUUUUGCAA